AUGCUUGACGAUGGCAUCUGGACCGGGCAGACCGGCGUCGGAGCCAGACACGGACGAGCAGGCAUAAUGGACUGCAAGGCUAGCACUGCGGCCAAGAAGAAGAAGGAGGAGGAGGAGGAGGAGAAGGGGAAGAAUAAGCAAGCCCGCAUCAAUGACAGCGGCGAUGAGACCCGUGUGGGGGGGGUGUCAACGACGGCGCUCACAAAGACGUCGAAUAAGCCAGAUGGCUCCGGGGAUGACAGAUGA